AUGUCAUUUGGAUUCGCUAUAGGUGACUUCAUCGCCGCCGGCCAGCUGGCCUGGACUCUGUACAGGGAUUGCUACACUGUUGCACGGAACGCACCACAGGAGUUUCAGCUCCUUCUCGGCGAAAUCUCUACGCUAUGCAACUCACUGAAGAUGUUGGAGGAAGAAGUCAAGAACGAGCAGUCUACCCUAGUGCGAGCCGGCGAGGAUCGAGUGAGGAUGGUUAAUGAGAUGGUGGCUGGGAUUAGCGAGACACUGAAACGACUAAAAAAAGUGGCCUCAAAAUAUGGUAUCCUUGGUUCAGCCGGGUCAAAGGCAAAGCAUAUCUGGAUAAAGAUCAAGUGGUCUGCUGAGUUCAAAAGCGUGGAUUCGUUGAGAAGUAAAGUGGCUGGUGUACCACAACACGGUAAUGAAUCUGCUAUUAACUUCGGUUGCCAAUCUGAUAUUGCAGACAUUAAGUCUCAUCUCCAGACGUCCCAAGAUAAUAACAACAACUCACCGCCAUUGGCCUCAAUGGUUGAAGACGAAGUGUACAAGCUCUCCCUCAGUGCAGAAUUAAUGAAAAAUGCAGAGACGUUGCAACCUUGGAGUUCUAUUUCAGUGGACAAGUGGGUUCAGUCGGGAAAAUGGUGGUUGCUCCGGUCCCAGCUGGAAAUUUACGCCCCUACCAAGCCCAACGACCACUCUGUGCCUGUAUCUGCAUAUACGAAUCUAAUCAAAGCGUCUUGGAUUCUGAUAGAUAUCAUCGACCACCACCCUCAACUUACCUUGGUUACUACGGACACACGCCUAGAGGUGCUUCUCCUGGCAGCUGAACUCAAACAAGAAUUUAGAAGAAUCCACGAGCUGACCCUCGCUACGCCAGACUGGGAAAUAAUAGAACAGCAAGACUUGCGGAUCUGGGAAAAUAACACUAGGGGUCCGGUUCUACAGCCCAGCAAACGGAGUCAAAAGACGAAGCUAGUGCAAACACAGACUGACUUUUGGGUCGUUCGAGGCGAGCAAGUCUAUUUCCAGAAGUAA